AUGUUCGGAAGACCAUCAUCGGCCAAAGCAUCGGCGGGGUCAUCUACUCGCUGUUCGCCGGCUCUCCUCUCGUCAUCCCUCUGACCACGGCUCCCCUCGCCAUCUUCAUCAGCGUGAUCCGUGGAAUCUGUGACGACUACAACCUGGACUUCCCGGCUUUCUACGCCUGCAUCGGUUUGUGGAACUGCCUCUUCCUCAUCCUGGGAGGCAUCUUCAACGUCAGCCUGCUCAUGAAGCUCUUCAAAAGGUCGACAGAGGAGGUCAUCGCUCUCUUCAUUUCCAUAGCGUUUGUGGUCGAUGCAGUGAAAGGCACAGUCAAAA